AUGAAUGACUACGUGGCCGAUUGGUCUAUUCCAGCCGAUUCAAUCCUUUCGAAUACUCACGAUUUCUCGGAUAAUCACUGCACCUUCAAAUUCUUCCCCGAGAUGCUGCCGUGUGAUAAUGAGACAAGAGGAUUUUUGACCAAGAUCAUGGCUGUCAACGAUAAAGUGGGAACGCACGAUUAUCUCCAGAAAGUCGUCUACAUUCCUUGUUAUGACUUGCAAGGCCCUGGCUGUCAAAACGGUGGAACUUUCGACACUACGAGCAGGCAAGUGUGCAAUUGUCUGGAUAACUGGCUGGGAUACGACUGCUCGCUUCCAAAUUGCCUAAACGGAGGAACUCGUGAUGGAACGAUCUGCCAUUGCCAAGCAGGAUUUACCGGACGUUUCUGUGAUUCUAGUGAUCCAUGCCAGGCCAAGGCUCGCAUACUCGUUUUUCUGGUGGAUACAAAUGCUAUUGAUAUUGGAGUCAUGAGGGAAAGCCUUGCAACGCUAAUCCCGAAAUAUGCAGUAGGCGAUGCUGCGAAAGUGUCCCUCGUCAUUGGCAAUAUGCAAACACCAGCCUUUACCAUUUUCGCCACCGCACAAGAGGCCCUUGACUAUGUCGCCGGGCUUAAUGCCACGACCGCCGCGUGGAAUAAAAAGUGGUUCAUCUUUCUUGAGGGACAACUCGAACUCCUCGCCCAGGAAGCGAAAAAAGCGGACCUGAAAAAUGUGUUCCUGAUGACAAAACAGACCGGCCUGGCCCCCCGAUACACGAAUCGGGAUUUUGCGACGAUCCGGCAAGACUACGAAUAUUCUGUCUAUGUCACCGGAUUUGGUGUGGAUGUUUCGACGCUUUUACCAUGGGGAAACACAACGACAGUGAAUAAUACGCAGCAAUUUAUUGAUUUUGCAGUCGGGGUGAAUGAGGGAAUCGAUUGCGAAGCGCCGACCACCACUGAAGCUCCAACGACGACCGCCUUGCCCACCACUUCUACAGUGCCCCCGAGCACUAGCCCAGCUGGGAGUUCCACACCGGGAGGAAGCAGUUCAGUUGGAUCUACCGUAUCUUUGGGCUCCAGCACGAGCGCAGGGUCUACAGUAUCCGCAAGUAGUGGCCCGAGUACCGCACCGUUUACUGGCAGCACACCUGAAGCCAGCUCCACCUCACCAUCACCAUUAGAAUCUACUGUAGCCUCAUCUUCACCUGGCACCCCGUCGGUUGCGCCAUCAAAUUCACCAUCAAGCACUGGGACACCGGCGGGCAGCACAGCAUCACUAGCACCUUCGACAUCUGCGGUAUCUUCCACUCCGUCUGGCACCUCGUCCCAAUCGGUUACGCCAUCAAAUUCACCAUCAAGCACCAUCCCUUCACGAGCACCCGGAGUCUCGAGCACCCAGCCACCAGCUGGUAGCAGCACACCGUCUGGUAACAGCACACCUUCUGGCACAGCGUCCACCGCACCUUCCGGAAGCUCAACACCAUCACCAGUUGGCAGCACAACACAGGGUUCCACUCCCUCCGGCACUGCAUCCACAACACCACCAUUGGGUAGUAGCACACCACAGCCGUCACCAUCCGCCACACCAUCAGCACCUCAGCCAUCCACCACACCAGCCGGUUCCUCAUCAUCGGCUCAGCCCUCAACGGCACCAGUAACCAGCACCGCCCCAACGACCCAACCAACCACCACCACACUACAGUACUGUACCCUGAACGCCCGUGUGGAUUUGAAUUUCAUCGUUGACCUCACGUUCUCCAGCAGGGACCAGCAGAAAGCGAUUCACGACGCGCUCAGCUUCAUCUACACGCAAUUAUCGGCCGACAAAGGGACAAUUGGCGUCGAUUCCGCGGGCACGAACUGCUAUGGAAAUAACACCGGUUGGACCUGGAGGACACGCACUAAUGUGAUCAGCUACGAGACGGACAACCUGUUGGGACUGUCGUCAUUCACCAAAUGCCAGGACUGGUUCUUCAGUGGAAUUAACACGACGCUGAAUACGGAUAAUAUCAAUCAGACAGUGACGGAUAUGACCAAGAUUAUCACGAAUCUCGGACGAAAGAACAAGGACUGUAACUGCCGAAGAAUGGUGAGGGUGACUGGUGCUGAUGCUGAUUUGGAUACAGUACCCCAGAUGAUGGUCUGGCUGCCAGCCAAUCACGACGUCGGAAAAGUCCCCAAAGACUUUGCAGCCGGGAAACUAUUGACGGAUUGGACACACUAUUUUGUGCCCUACAGCUUUGCACAGGAUGCUGAGGGUGACGCCGAUUCAUCAGAAAUGUGGAAAUCGAUGUCAAAUAUUGCAUUGGAUACCCCGACAAUUGACAUGGACGCCAUCGCGCAUGCUAUUUUGACCAAGAUCUGCCAACUCUCCGGCACUUCUGGCCCGGUGCCAAGAAUGCCCGCGAAUUGGCAAGCUCCCGCGGAAUUCGGUGGCCCAGACAACCGGCAAGCAGUUAAAUCAAUGAAUGCCGUGGGCGUGUCGGAAGAGCCGACGACGAACGCCUUCGAGUACUGUACGCUAAACGCGCGUGUGGACCUGAAUUUCAUCGUCGACCUCACGUUCAGCUCGGAGCAGCAGACAGCGGUAAACACGGCGCUGUGGUAUAUCUACUCUCAACUAUCCUCCGAUCCUCAGAUGAUCGGGAUUCAUGAUUUGAAAUGUGAUGGAAAGCAGCCAUUGCUCUGGAGAACGCGCACUAAUGUAAUCUCCUACGAGGAGGACAAUCUGUUGGGGUUGUCUUCAUUUUUUAAAUGCCAAGAUUAUUUCAUGAUGGGCAUUAACACAACGCUGUCUGCCGACAGUAUCGGCCAGGAAGUGACGGAUAUGACCAAGAUCCUCACAACCCUUGGCCGAAGAAACAAGGACUGUAAUUGCCAAAGAAUCGUUAGAGGAGCAAGUGCCGAUGCGGAUUUAAAUACUGUCCCUCAAAUGAUGGUUUGGCUGCCGUCAAAUCACGACAUGAAAAAAGUAAAUCCCGAUUUCGCAGCUGGAAAACUAUUUACGGAUUGGACGCACUAUUUCGUGCCGUACAGCUUUGCACAGCAUGCUGGGGGAGACCCUGACUCUGCAGCGAUGUGGCAGUCAAUGAAAAAUAUCGACUUGAACGGGCCGACAAAUGAUGCGGCAAUCAUUGCAGAUGCAAUCCUGACUAAGAUUUGCGAAGUUUCCGGAACAUCUGGCCCGGUGCCAAGAAUGCCGAAAAAUUGGAAAAUCCCUGCCCAUCUUCUGGAGGCGGCUCAAAGCAUUGCCAUGGCAGCAAAAGACGAUACCCUGCAAAUUCGAGAACCCGAACCCUCAUUUUUCGAGCGAUGGAGUCCAUUUCGGCUAUUCGUU